AUGAGCGGAACACCAGACCCCAACCCAGGCCAUAUUUGCCUACAUCGUGUCCCCCUCUGCUACGUGAUAGUUGUCAUGUUGCCCGUACCAAACGGGGAACCACCAAUACCGGUUGGCGAGAUAAUCUUCAAAGAUUAUGCUGGCAGCGAAUCUAUUGAUACCACUGAGAGAUUCGUUUUCGCUCUUCCAGAACACUGGGUUGAAUUUCGCGAUAAGACAGAGUUUACAAAAUACGAAUCCUUCAACCCUAUGGCAGUCAUGCGGAGCAGUGUUUCGGACAACGAGAAUCAUGACCACCUUCGACGCAAAACUCGAGAUACGUUAUUCCAGAUACAUGAUCUUAUUCCUCGGGCCUUUAUUAGAAGCUCAAACAAAGCUUUCCACGGGAUCGAAAUUCAUGUCCGUGACUUUAUCGACAACUACCCCGAUCGAAGCAGUUUUGCCAAUAACACACAACUUUCUGUUCAAGAACGAUUAGAUCAAUGUUUGAAAGUGAGAAAUCGAGGUGCAUUUGCGAUUUUAGCGAGCAUUUUUAGGCGUACUUGGACAGACUUCCUGGCUAUCGUUGCUGAAAACAAGGUAAAAGUUGCGGAGGACAAAGUUGAAGUUGCGACCAAACAGCCGAAAGCACGAUCUGGAGAUCUACCUCCCAAACGAAUCUUGAAAGAAGCGAGAGGUACAGCAUGCAAAAUUGAGAAUGUAGUCAAGGCUCUUUACCUUGACCAUUGCAAGCUUCAACAGCUCCUUGAAGACAACGAGCAUACGAUUGCUAACUUGAAGAAGAUCGAAGGAUUGCAUGAACCACAAAGCAUUCAGGAUAUGCUUGAGAAUGUGCAUGCCGAGUUUCCAAAUUCAGAAAGGACACACCUGGAGAGUCUAAAAAAGAGCCAAAGGCAUCGAAACCCUCUGGUGGUACUCUUAUUGAGAUGA